AUGGUUUCUUCAACUGAACGCAGACUCGAGAAUGCUGAAUAUAAAAAAAAUUUUUAUGUUGAUGGUCAAAAAAUGUUUUGUGAAUUUUGUAAACAUGUCAUUGACCAUACAAAGAAAUCUACAGUAGAUUCGCACUUAAAAUCUGAUAAACAUAAGAAUAAUGUUGUUAAUGCUGAAAAAUCUAAAUUAACUCAUCAAACUACUCUUGACAUGGCUGUUACUAACAUAAGUGAACAAGAGCAAAUUAAUAUUGCAUUAGUGAAUGCAUUUACUAAAGCCAAUAUUCCUCUCGAAAAAAUAGAUAAAAGUUUUUUUUAG